UGUAAAGUCUUAUAACCAUGAGUAGACGCAUGGGACCAACAAAAGCAAAGUUUGCUGCCAUUGCUCUGAUUUGUGCUAUUCUGGUGUUGGAAAGUACAGUAGUGUCAAGUGUAGUAGAAGAUCUGGUGGUGGAACAGUGUAAGCACCACUGCAGACUUGAUAUCAACAAGAGAGAGUGUGAAGAUAGGUGCAAUGAAGAGAUGAGGACGAAUGUAGAGACAAGUAGGCAGCAAGAAGAGGAACAAGAUCCCUUCUGCGAGGCAUUUUGCAAACCCUUUGAAGGACUUUAUCAACAAUGCAUGACCGUUUGCCCCCGCACCAUAGGAGGAGAUGGUGUUGCUAAUGGGUAUUUGCAGACAAAGUGUAACAGAAAAUGCCCUGCCUACACCGAGUCAGAGGCCUACAAAAGAUGCAUGUCGGGAUGUUUCAUGUCCAUGAGAAUGGGAAACGAGCAAGUCUGCGAGACAUCGUGCAGUAUUAUUCAAGAGGAGCCGCUUACUAUAAGGUGCACGAGGGUUUGCCACGAGAGAAUUCCCGGAGCUGUUAGUACUUCUUAAUGUUUUUAAAACUCUGAGUUGUUUUGUUGUGUAAGAGAAUCCAGAUUAAAAUAAUAGUUUAUAAACUUUUUAAGUU